AUGCCAAAUGACUCUGCGAGCUGGUCUGUGGUGGUCGAACGCAGGCUCGCAGCUUGCUCCGCCCUUCGAUCUCUCAAAUGCUCGCGGUCGAAGUGGUCAUUCAUCACCGACGGCCGACAGUAUGGGAACACUCUCGUCUCGUAUGGCAGCCUCUGGUCCCCGAUGCAUCGAGGACACUGCGUCUUUUACAUGAGAAGCGGGAAGGGGUCCGGCGCAGGAGGCUCCUCCUUCACUGACACCUCAGGCUGCGCGCUCUGCCGGGUAAGUUUGUACCUGGCCGUCUCGCGUUUGUCGCACAGCGCCACCAUAAGCUCGGCGACCUGGAUGCGGCGUUCGAGUUACGGUUGUGAAUUCCGCCGGUUCGACGGCCCUGAGAUUUCCGAGGAAAAGGCCCUGCAGUAUUCUAAGCUACGAGACGAUAUGGCACAGGAGUCGCUGGAUGCCGGACAGGAGAAGCCUAUGCAGCCGAAAGAUUUCCGCCGUGGUGCGGCAAACGAAGCAAAUGGUGUGGAACGCGCCGAUGCUGUCCGCGACCAGAUGUUGCGUCACGACCCCAAGUGGGCCACGUUCAAUAGCGUAUACAUCAACGCCAAGGUGAAAUUUCACCUUCAGAAUGCAGUCCUGCACGAGCCGCACGAAGAUGCGCUUAUCGAGAUGCUCACGCACAUCAGCGUCACGCGCGACCCGCGCGCAGGCCGGGAUAUUGUCCCUGCCGAAGUCUGGCGGGACCUGCCGCCCGGCGGCUGCAGGGACAGUCCAGGAUCGGCCGGCUCGGGCUCGUCACCCUCGCUACACUCGUUAUCCGCCUUGGCCUUGGACGACUUGGACAUAUAGAUAUGGAGAGUCAAGUAG